AUGACAUGCUAUGUUGUUUUUUCCCGCGCGAGCACGGAGGGAGAGGGUUUCUGGAGAGAGAGAGAAAGGGGGAAAAAAGCCAGAGAAAAGGGAGGGAAGACAGGAGGGUUUUGUUUUACGACUAGAGACACAAAACCCUCGUUUCGAUUCGAUCAGUGAAGUGUUCUUCUAUGUUGAAUUCGUCCAAGAGUUGGGGGUUUUUAUGAUAUAUCACUACAUACUUUGAGCCGUGGAUCUACGCAUAGAGAUUUGAAGAGAUCGGAGAUCUACACCAUUAACCAUUUCGUUUGCAUCAAAAUCGCCAACUUUUUCCUUGUUUUUAUCCGUUAUUCAAAUUUCUGGUCUUUGCUGCUGUUAUUCUCUGUAUAAUCGAGUAAUGGUGAUAGAUCAGCUUUGGUUAGUGAGGGAAGGGGAGAGAGAGAGGCAGCUUAUUUAAAUCUAUGAGUACAGCUGCUUUGAAGAUGGAAGACGUGAAGCCCAUUAUUUCUGCGAGUAAUUCUCAUUCCAACGACGGCGGUGGCAUGGAAGCUCGAUUUACAGAGCUCUGCAAGGUUGGAGUAUCUCUUGACGAGGGUACGUUUUCACAAGCUAUGAGGCUGUUCAGAGAAAGUAAACAUCUUCUCUUGGCAAAUAUGUCGUCAGUUGGAAGCGGAACGCCAGAAGAAGUUGAAAGGUUUUGGUUUGCAUUCAUUUUAUACUCUGUGAAGAGAUUAAGUGACGGGGAUGCUAUGAAGGCAAAGCAAGAGAACGAUGAAAAUCGCUUUACGCUAUGUCAGAUACUGAGGGCAGCUAAGCUGAACAUUGUGGAUUUCUUCAAAGAGAUGCCACAAUUCUUUCUCAAGGCUGGUCCAAUUCUGAGCAAUCUAUAUGGUGCAGAUUGGGAGAAGAGAUUGGAGGCAAAGGAGUUGCAGGCCAAUUUUGUGCACUUGAGCCUUCUAAGCAAGUACUAUAAACGUGCAUACCAGGAAUUCUUCUCGACUAGUGAUGCAAAUGUUGAUAAACAAACAGCUGUUGUGAGGUCUACAGGUUAUGUGUCAGAUUACCACCRAUUUGGAUGGUUGCUGUUCUUGGCACUUCGAGUUCAUGCAUUUAGCCGGUUUAGGGACCUGGUGACUUGCACAAAUGGGUUGAUUUCAAUUUUGGCUAUCCUAAUUCUUCAUGUUCCUAUGCACUUGAGGAAUUUCUCUAUCUAUGAUGACCCUCGCUUUGUUAGGAAAGGAAACAAAAGUGUGGAUCUACUUGCAUCUCUCUGCAAAAUUUAUGACACAUCAGAAGAUGAGUUGAAGAGAACAAUGGAGAAAUCAAAUAAUUUGAUAGUGGAUAUCUUGAAGAAACAACCCUGUUUGGCAUCGGAAUGCAAAACUGAGAACCUGGAUAAUAUUGACACAGACGGGCUGACCUAUUUUGAAGAUCUAAUGGAGGAAUCAUCUUUGUCAUCAAGUUUAACUAUUUUAGAGAAGGAUUAUGAUGCUGCAAUUCAUAAUAAGGGAGAACUGGAUGAGAGAAUGUUUGUUAGUGAGGGAGAGAGCUUACUUGGUAAAGGGAGCUUGUCAGGAGGUGCCUUGAACCUCUGUGGUGCUAAGCGGAAGAUUGAUGCAAUAUCCUCCCCAGGAAAGUCAAUAACAAGUCCACUUUCUCCCCCACGGUCUCCUUCAACAUCACCUGCAAGUGGUAGUCUAGCUGGUGCCAAUUUGAAAAUGGUACCUACACCUGUAAGCACAGCAAUGACAACAGCAAAGUGGCUUAGAACCAUUAUUUCUCCACUCCCUUCAAGACCCUCAGCAGAACUGGAGCACUUUCUUUCGUCAUGUGACAGAGAUGUAACCGCAGAUGUAAUACGCAGGGCCCACAUAAUAUUGGAGGCCAUCUUCCCAAGUAGUGCUCUUGGAGAGCGCAAUGUUGUAGGGAGCUUGCAGAGUGCAAACCUGAUGGACAGCAUAUGGGCAGAGCAGAGAAGAAUGGAAGCCUUGAAGUUAUACUAUAGGGUUUUGGAGGCAAUGUGUACAGCAGAAUCUCAAAUAUUGCAUGGUAGUAACUUAACGUCUUUGUUAACAAAUGAGAGGUUUCAUAGAUGUAUGCUUGCUUGCUCAGCUGAACUGGUUUUAGCAACACACAAGACAGUAACCAUGUUGUUCCCUGCGGUUUUAGAGAGAACUGGUAUUACAGCUUUUGAUUUGAGCAAGGUAAUAGAGAGUUUCAUUAGACAUGAAGAAUCCCUUCCAAGAGAGUUGAGGCGACAUCUAAAUUCUUUGGAAGAGAGACUUUUAGAAAGCAUGGUAUGGGAAAAAGGUUCAUCAAUGUACAAUUCUUUGAUUGUUGCAAGACCGUCCCUUUCUGCAGAAAUAAAUCGCAUGGGGUUGUUAGCAGAACCCAUGCCUUCACUUGAUGCAAUUGCAAUGCAUAAUAACAUUUCAUGUGGAGGGUUGCCACCUAUGCCUUCUUUGCAGAAGCAUGAGACCUUACCAGGCCAGAAUGGAGAUAUCCGAUCUCCAAAGAAAUUGUGCAAUGAUUAUCGAAGUGUUUUAGUAGAACGGAAUACCUUUACAUCUCCAGUGAAGGACCGUCUAAUGGGUUUUAACAGUCUUAAGUCAAAACUGCCACCACCUCCUUUACAAUCUGCUUUUGCCAGCCCAACACGGCCAAAUCCGGGAGGAGGAGGGGAAACUUGUGCUGAAACAGGGAUCAAUAUUUUCUUUGGUAAGAUUGUGAAGCUAGCAGCUGUGAGGAUCAGUGGCUUGGUUGAGAGGUUACAACUCUCCCAGCAGAUCAGGGAGAAUGUGUACUGUCUUGUUCAACAAAUCCUUAGUCAGCGGACAGCUCUAUUCUUCAACAGGCAUAUUGACCAGAUUAUCCUCUGUAGUUUAUAUGGAGUUGCGAAGAUUUCUCAGUUAAACUUGACCUUUAGGGAAAUAAUUUAUAACUAUAGGAAGCAACCACAGUGUAAACCUCAAGUUUUCCGCAGUGUUUUUGUUGACUGGUCAUCAGCCCGGCGCAAUGGGAAAACAGGGCAGGAGCAUGUUGACAUUAUCACAUUUUAUAACGAAGUAUUUAUUCCGAACGUAAAGCCUCUCCUUGUGGAGCUUGGUCCGGCUGGAGCAAUACCAAGAACUAAUCGAGUUCCUGAAGCUAACAAUAAUGCUGAUGGUCAGUGUCCUGGGUCCCCUCGGUUAACUCCAUUUCCAAAUCUCCCUGAUAUGUCCCCAAAGAAAGUGUCUGCAGCACAUAAUGUCUAUGUCUCACCUCUGCGCUCAUCAAAGAUGGAUGCUUUGAUCUCACACAACUCUAAAAGCUAUUAUGCUUGCGUUGGAGAGAGUACUCAUGCUUAUCAGAGCCCUUCCAAAGACCUGACCGACAUUAAUAACCACUUGAAUGGCACACGGAAUCUCAGAGGUGCUCUCAACUUUGAUGUUGACAAUGUUGGCCUGGUAAGCGAUUCUCUUGUGAUGGGAAGUCUCUAUCUUCAGAAUGGAAGUAGUGCCUCAUCCUCAGGUGCCGCCUUGAAUCUACCGUUAAAAUCCGAACCGGACACCUAACCCUGUUAAUUGGACCCCCCUCUUUGUAUGUAAAUUCUGUUCUCCUUCAUGGUCUUCAUUGCUAAUCUUAUACCCAUUUUAUGACAUGGGGUGCUUUGUACGAGCAGCAAAUUACUGUAGAAAUGCUGCCACCACCCCUGCUGCUGUGUAUUAUUUUGAGCUUUUAAAAGGAGGUCCGGUUCUAACUGGACUAAUUUAAUAAAGUCUGUUAUUUCAUCCAAAA